AUGGCUAUCAUGGUGGAUACAACAGUGGCUACCACAAUGGUUAAUGCGGUGGAUACAACAGUGGCUACCACAAUGGCUAUCACGGUGGAUACAACAGUGUUUACCACAAUGGCUAUCACGGUGGAUACAACAGUGGCUACCACAAUGGCUAUCACGGUGGAUACAACAGUGGCUACCACAAUGGCUAUUACAGUGGAUACAACAGUGGCUACCACAAUGGCUAUUACGGUGGAUACAACAGUGGCUACCACAAAGGCUAUCGUGGUGGAUACAACAGUGGCUAUCACAAUAGCUAUCACGGGUGGAUACAACAGUGACUACCACAAUGGCUAUCGCGGUGGAUACAACAGUGGCUACCACAAUGGCUAUCGCAGUGGAUACAACAGUGGCUACCACAAUGGCUGUCACGGUGGAUACAACAAUGGCUAUCGUGGUGGAUACAACAUUGGCUACCACAAUGGCAAUCACGGUGGAUACAGCAGUGGCUACAACAAUGGCUAUCGUGGUGGAUACAACAUUGGCUACCACAAUGGCUAUCAUGGUGGAUACAACAGUAGCUACCACAAUGGUUAUCGCGGUGGAUACAACAGUGGUUACUGCAAUGGCUAUCGUGGUGGAUACAACAGUGGCUACCACAUGGCUAUCACGGUGGAUACAACUGUGGCUACCACAAUGGUUAUCGCGGUGGAUACAACAGUGGUUACCACAAUGGCUGUCACGGGUGGAUACAACAGUGGAUACCACAAUAGCUACCACAAUGGUUAA